AUGACCGAAAUCCGAAGAAAACUUGUCAUUGUCGGUGACGGUGCAUGCGGCAAAACGUGCCUUCUGAUCGUAUUCUCAAAGGGUACUUUCCCAGAGGUAUACGUACCCACUGUGUUCGAAAACUAUGUCGCCGACGUAGAAGUAGAUAAUAAACGAGUCGAGUUAGCGCUCUGGGAUACAGCAGGUCAGGAGGAUUACGACAGACUUCGUCCCCUCUCAUAUCCCGACUCGCACGUUAUUCUAAUUUGCUUCGCGGUUGAUUCGCCCGAUUCUUUGGAUAACGUUCAGGAGAAGUGGAUUUCAGAGGUAAUGCACUUCUGUCAAGGACUUCCCACUCUUCUAGUAGGAUGUAAGAAGGAUUUGAGGUUUGACCCCAAAACAAUUGAAGAGCUUCGCAAGACUUCUCAGAGACCAGUUACGCCCGAAGAGGGCAUGGCUGUGGCCCAAAGAAUUGGGGCGUACAAAUACCUAGAGUGUUCAGCUAAGACCGGAGACGGGGUCCGUGAAGUGUUUGAACACGCCACACGUGCAGCUUUAUUGACCAGACCCCGUCGAAACAGGAAAACUUGUUUCUUCUUGUAA